AGGUUGAAUCACCAUGGAGCAUUGACAAAGCCCUGCUGCUGCUUCGCGUUGACAGAAAUUCACUCCUAGCUCCUAGAGUUUGUCGCAUAUCAUGGACGUGUACAACCAGCUGCAAGAGAAACUCAACGACAUCACACACAGAUUUGCACAUGAAGCAAGGUACUUUCAGCUCUGUGCUCCACCUGAAGCGCUAUCUGGGGAGGAAGUUCACGAGGCGCCGAGCAAGCCGCCGUUCGAGGAGACGAAGGAAAGUCUUCUUGAACCGCUCAACGUCCAGGUGGAGCAGCUUCUUGGAACACUGCCAGCCGACGAUGUAGGAGAGCAGGAGCAGCUGGCUGUGCUGGAAGAGCUCAUACGUGAAAACAAAGAGGCCGGGAAUGCCAUCCGGGAGGAGCGGGCUCGGGUCAAGGACCUCCUUGGGCACGUCCAGUGCGCCAUGGUGGAUGUGUGCGAUCGGAGCGGACAGGGUGAAAGCCUCGCCUCCUGCGAGUUGUGGUUGCCCCGACCUCGUCCCGAGCUCGCAGCGCAGCCUCUGGUGAAGGCUGAAGAGAUGGAUGGAGCGGGAGACAAGAGCGUGCCGGAAGCAGCGGGGAAUGAUGCGGCAAAGUCAGGAGAGGAGCAGACUAGCGCUCCUGUUGUCAAGAUGGAGACGAGUGAAUAAAUUAGAGUUACAAUA